AUGCCCAAGGAAGUCCCGACCAAGUUCAAAGGCAUCUUCGACGCCAAAACGGGCGAAGAACGGAUACAGGCAUGGCUCGCCCUCGACAAAGAUGAAGCGGGCCAUUUCGAGUUUGGCAACUGGACGGGCGCCCUGAUGCCCUCCGUGACCCUCCUCUCCACGACGCUGGCCCCGAACCCCUCCGCCACCUUCUCCUUCACCGUCCUCCCGGACCACUGCAACCGCGCCGGCAACCUCCACGGCGGCGCCACCGCCACCCUCUUCGACUCUCUCACCAGCCUUCCCUUGGCCCUCGUCAACGACAAGCCGGGCUACUGGCAGUUCCUCGGCGUCUCCCGCACCCUCAACUGCAGCUACCUGCGCCCGGCCCCCGCCGGCGAGGAGUGCCUCGUCGAGUGCGAGAUCGUCCAAAUCGGCAAGACGCUGUGCCAGCUGAGGGGAACCCUCCGCCGGAAGCGCGACGGCCUCGUGCUGGCCACGUGCGAGCACCACAAGUUCAACACGGACCCGCCGGCGAGCAAGCUGUAA